AUGGAUUACGAACCGAUACCGGGCCCACCAGGUAUGCCUAUCAUAGGCAACCUGGGUGAUAUUGAUGGUGAAAACCCGACUUUGAGCUUUAUGCGCCUGACAGACAUCUAUGGACCUCUAUGGAAAUUUAACAUCGGCGGCGAUCGCAUCGUAAUCGCUUCGCAGGCACUGAUGAAUGAGGUCAGCAAUGAAGAGCGAUUUUCGAAGACUAUAGCAGCUUCUCUGAACGAGGUCCGAAACGGUACUCAUGAUGGGCUGUUUACAGCUAGAGGACCCGAGGAGAAAAAUUGGGGAAUCGCCCACCGAGUCCUCCUCCCUGCGCUAGGCCCCUUGGCCAUCAGGAACAUGUUCGACGAGAUGCACGACAUCGCAAGCCAACUGGUCAUGAAAUGGGCGCGCCAGGGCCCAGAGCAGCUCAUUCAAGUAACGGAUGAUUUCACGCGAUUGACUCUGGAUACAAUUGCACUGUGCGCCAUGGAUUUCCGCUUCAAUUCCUACUAUUCGGAGCACAUGCACCCCUUCAUCCAGGCGAUGGCUGAUUUCUUGAAAGUCAGUGGAGAUCGCGCACGCCGCGACCCCAUUACGCAGAUGUUCUACCGCUCGGAGACUGCCCAGUAUUGGGAGAAUGUGGAGUUACUUCGUAAAGUAAGCCAGGACGUCAUCGACAAGCGGAAACAGAACCCGACGGAGAAGAAGGACAUACUGAACGGCAUGUUGAAUGGUGUUGAUCCAAAGACGGGCGAAAAGAUGACCGAAGAAAGCAUAAUCGACAACAUGAUAACCUUCCUGAUUGCUGGCCACGAAACCACCUCCGGCCUCCUAUCGUUCACGUUCUAUUACUUGCUGAAGAGUCCAAGCGCCUAUGAGAAAGCGCAAAAAGAGGUCGAUGAGGUCAUUGGGAAGAACCCAAUAACAGUCGAUCAUCUCACCAAGCUGCCUUAUCUGAAUGCUGUACUCCGCGAAUCCCUCCGACUUCAGCCUACGGCCCCAGCAAUCGGUCUCUCUGCCAAACAAGACACAACACUGGGUGGAAAGUAUGAGUGCAAAAAGGGCGUUCCUAUUGUUGCAGUGUUACCGAAGGUGCACCGCGAUCCGCUUGUGUGGGGUGAAGACGCAGAAGACUUCCGCCCCGAGCGGAUGUUAGAAGAAGCAUUCGAGCGCCGCAACAAGGAGUUUCCUAAUUCCUGGAAGCCCUUUGGAAAUGGAAUGAGAGCGUGUAUAGGCCGACCCUUUGCCUGGCAAGAGGCUUUGUUGGUGCUGGCGAUAUUGCUACAGAAUUUCAACUUCACCAUGGAAGACCCCUCCUACCAGCUCCAGAUCAAGCAAACGCUCACAAUAAAACCCAAGGGCUUCUAUAUGCGAGCUCAUCUGCGAAACCACAUGAGUCCUACCACGCUAGAGCGUGCUCUUGCGUCCACCUCAAUCAGCGAGCAUGCAGGCGAGAAGAAAGCUCAGGCGACAAAGAAGAAGGCGGCUCAGGGCAAGCCAAUGGCUGUCUACUACGGAUCAAAUACUGGGACGUGUGAAGCACUAGCGAACCGUCUCGCUAGCGACGCUCCAAAUCACGGAUUCAGCGCGGUGGUAGACACGCUGGACGCUGUGAAAGAGAAUUUACCCAAGGAUAGACCGGUUGCCAUUAUUACGGCGUCUUACGAGGGGCAACCCGCAGACAACGCCGCUCACUUCGUCACCUGGCUUGGUAAUUUGACGGGCUCGGAACUUACUGAUGUAGAUUUCACGGUUUUUGGGUGCGGUCACCGGGAUUGGGCGACAACAUUUCACAAAGUCCCAAAAGCCAUAGACAGGGCUAUAGAAGAGCGAGGUGGAACAAGAAUCGCAGACAUGGGGACUGCCGACGCUUCAAAGGGCGAUAUCUUCACCGAGUUUGAAGCCUGGGAAGAAAAGAUCUUCUGGCCAGCCGUGAGAGAGCGCUAUGGUGCCUCCGAUUCGUCCGACUUCACUCCGUUCGAAGCCAGUCUUGACAUCGAGGUUACCACUCCACGUUCGUCGAUGCUUCGCCAAGACGUCCGAGAAGCACGAGUAGAAGCGGUGGAAGUGCUCAGUGCACCCAAUGCACCUGAGAAGCGGCACAUUGAAGUCAGCCUGCCUUCAGGUAUGAGCUACUCUGCAGGAGAUUACCUUGCCAUACUACCUGUGAAUCCCAAAGAGAAUGUCGCUCGCGCGAUGAGAUACUUCGGUCUAGCUUGGGAUAGUAUGCUCACCAUCACAUCGUCGAGUCCUACCACGUUGCCAGUGGACACACCUAUCUCAGCAAAUGAUGUCCUCGGAGCCUAUGUGGAGCUCGCCCAGCCCGCAACAAAACGCGAUAUUACCGCCCUGGUUGACGUUGCUUCAGACGAAGCCGCAAAGCGCGAGCUUGUCCGCCUCUCUACAGAAGCUUUCACCGCUGAGAUAACUGAGAAGCGGGUAUCCGUGCUGGAUUUGCUCGAACGCUUCCCUUCAGUGUGCCUGCCACUUGGCCCUUUCUUGAAGAUGCUGCCUCCGAUGCGCGUACGUCAGUAUUCGAUAUCAUCGUCACCGCUCUGGAAUCCAGCCAAUGUCACGCUCACCUUUGCCGUCGUCGACCAGCCCGCAUUUAGCGGCCAGGGCCGUUUUGUAGGCGUGGCGUCCAACUAUCUGUCCAGCCUAGCCGUGGGAGACAAGCUCCACGUUGCAGUGAGAAGCUCACACCAAGCCUUCCACUUGCCAAAGGAUGCAACGAAUGUGCCCGUAAUUAUGAUUGCCGCGGGAACUGGUCUCGCGCCGUUUAGAGGUUUCAUUCAAGAGCGUGCCGCACAAAUAGCAGCUGGUCGCACCCUUGCACCCGCUCUACUCUUCUACGGCUGUCGCAACCCCGAAACCGACCUUCUAUACGCCGAGCUACUCUCGCGCUGGGAGAGACUUGGCGCUGUGUCACUCCGCUACGCAUUUUCUCGUGCUUCUACUGACAUUUCAAACUCUUCGGAAGGCUGUAAGUACGUGCAAGAUCGUCUCUACCAUGACCGCAAAGAGGUAGUCGAGCUCUUUGACGCGGGGGCAAAAUUGUUCGUAUGCGGGAGCCGCGAGGUGGGCAAAGGUGUUGAGGAUGUUUGUCUGAGAGUCGCGAGGGAGGAGAGAGUGAGGAAGAAGGGUGGAGAGGUGGACGAGGGAAGGUUGAUGGAAUGGUGGGAGGGCUUGCGCAAUGAGAGGUUUGCUACGGAUGUGUUCGCUUAA